ACUUUUGGAUGUAGUCCGCAAUAAAACCCACAGAAGAAGAAGAAUGGAAUUCCGAUUGGAAUAGCGUUCAAAUCGAUUUUUUUCAGUCGGAGCUAAUUUUCUCUGCGAGUUCCCAGUUGUUUUGAACGCGGCAAUAGUCCAGAGAAAAGGCUGGAGCUUUGAGGUCAGGCCACAAUUUUUCGCAGGCGGAUUAAAAAUGGCGCCGCAUUAUGUACUAAGGUGCUGUCAGCGGAGUUUAGCUUGGAUACCUGUUAUUUUCAUCAACCUUGUCGUUGGCUGGUCUUAUUAUGCAUACGUCGUUGAACUCUGUAUCUUUACAAUCCCAAAUAAUGCAGAAAAAAUAUCAUACCUAGUUGUCUUUCACCUGUUCUUCAUCAUGUUCAUCUGGUCCUACUGGAGGACUAUCUGCAGCAGGCUCGCCAACCCCUCUAAAGAGUUCUGUCUGCCCAAAGUGGAGAAGGAGCAGUAUGAGAAGGAGGACCCAGACACUCAGCAGGAGGUCCUGAAGAAAGUGGUGGUAGGCUUGCCUGUCUACACACGCACUGGGACAGGAGCCGUCCGGUACUGUGACCACUGUCAGGUGAUCAAACCCGACCGCUGCCACCACUGCUCCACCUGUGACAUGUGUGUGCUGAAGAUGGAUCAUCACUGUCCAUGGGUGAAUAACUGUGUUGGAUUUUCAAACUACAAGUUCUUUGUCUUGUUUCUGGCCUACUCCAUGCUGUAUUGUGUAUUCAUCGCCGCUACCGUCCUGCAGUAUUUCAUCAAAUUCUGGACACUUUGCCGAAGGAGAUCUGUUGAGGAUUGUCCUCAGAAUCAGCUGCCUGACACUCACGCCAAAUUCCACGUGUUGUUUCUGUUUUUUGUGGCGGCCAUAUUCUUCAUCAGCAUCCUGUCGCUUUUCAGCUACCAUCUCUGGCUUGUGGGAAAGAACAGGACCACCAUAGAGGCUUUCAGGGCUCCUGUCUUCAGAAAUGGCCCAGACAAGAAUGGCUUCUCUCUGGGAUUCAGUAGGAACAUGGCUGAGGUUUUUGGAGACCAGAAGAAGUACUGGAUGUUUCCCAUCUACAGCAGUCACGGUGAUGGACAAAGUUUUGUCACCCGGUUGGUGAACUUAGAUCCUGAGCAGAUGGCUGGGGGCCUCCAGAUCAAUGGCAAAAGCUCUGUAGAGGGUCCUGCAAGUACCCUUGGCAACAACAUCAACCACAUUGAGGACCAUCAGGAUGGCAGCUUCGACAAAACUGACGUAGCCGAAACGGUCACAGUCACCAUAGAGAGCGAGUCAUAGACAGCCACCAAACAGCAUUCCUGGUACGAUGGACACAACCUGGACUGUCAUAGACGCUACAUCUGUCACCAGAGCUUUCAUCAGCUUUCAGCCUCCGUCUUAAGUCCUCACCAAACACAUAUUCUCUCAGACACUUCCUUUGUUUUUAACCAAAGCUUUUUUUGUAACUAUUAUUAAUCUCUGGGACUACUCUGUUAUUCAAGCCAAAAAAAGAAGUAUUUGCGCUAGGUCAGAUUAGUGCAGGAAAAGAAUUGCUUUACACUUAUACACCUCAGUCAAAUCCGUAUUCACUUGCUUUAUUGGGAAAAAUGAAGUGUACUGUUUCUUACCCCAGUAACUCAGUUACUGGUUUUGAUUGGGUUAAGCCCAGGGAAUACAAUGUUGUGUCUUCAGACCCUGAACGUCUUGCGCACUGUCAGUUGAUUGGAGUGUGUGUACUGUAUGCACUUUACAUUUGAACCCUGUGGAGGGCGCUAAGCAUAUCCAUUGAUUUCAAUAGGCCGUACAGUCCUACAGUAGGUUUAUAUGAAACAAGACUUUAUAGGACCCUUUUCCAAAUCCUUUCCUGCUCUACAUCAUCUUAACUGAAAGCUAGAACCCUUAGUUUUUGGGCUUGUAAAUUAAUGAUAUACCCAUUGAUUCUUGAAUAUAACCUAUAAAUGACUCAUGAGCUUAGUUCAACUGUCAUACCCCUACAGAA